AUGUUUGAGUCAGCACUAUCUGGAAAUGGGUCUGCAAAGCUCAUGCAGACCCUUUGGGCAAUCCCUUUGGCUUGGAAACUGACAUUGCCAUUACUGUCUCUCGUCUUCUACAUUUUGGCCCUGAUCGUGUACCGCCUUUAUUUCCACCCGCUGGCCAAAUACCCGGGGCCUUUGCUAGCCAGAAUCACUAACUGGUAUGCCGUGUACCAUGCCUACAAAGGAGACAGACAUCUAGAUAUGUACUAUGCACAUCAGAAAUAUGGCAAAUUUGUACGGCUUGCUCCCAAUCUGGUCACGGUCAAUGAUGCCGGGGCCAUAAAGGAAAUAUACGGGGUCAACCAGAAUGUCAUCAAGUCCGUCUUUUACCAACCGGCCAUUGAGCAUUCGGGGAUCGAAAGCACAUUCAAUGCCCGUGAUCGACAGCUCCAUGCACGUAAACGACGUGUCCUGGCCCCAGCAUUCACUGACCCCGCGCUGGCGACGAUGGAGGACUACAUGCAAUUCCACAUCCGCCGAAUGUUCCAUGCAGCCUCUGGAGAGGAAACUUUCCAGAGCGAGGCGCAAUGUUGGACGGCCGACAUGGGUAGAUGGAGCAACUAUCUGACCUUCGAUGUCAUGGCAGAUCUAGUAUUUGGGAAAGACUUCGGUAUGCUUGCCGGGGAUGAAAGCAGAGAACUCCCAGAGAUUAUCGAUGGGGCCGUGCACCGUGAACUGAUUGCCGGCUCGAGUCCCUUUGUCAAUAGAUGGGGACUGGACAAGAUUUUCUUUCCCGACAUCGUCAAACGAGGGUCAGAACUGAUCAAAUACGCAAAGAAGCAGGCUGAAGACAGGCUCAAGGCCGAUCCAAAUCGCAGGGACUUCUUUUGGUAUCUGAGCAACGCCAAAGAAAAGGAUGGCCGCCAAUCCUAUUCCGAUCCGCGAGAGAUCUUCUCGGAGGCAAGGACAUUGAUUAUUGGAGGCUCGGAUACCACUGCCACCCAACUUGCGGCCAACUUCUUCUACAUCACUCAGAAUCCCAAGACACUAGCAAAGCUCACCGCUGAGGUGCGGUCCACCUUCCCCAAUGCCGAUGCUAUUCGACUAGGACCUGCUCUGGACUCGUGUCGAUACCUGCACGCCGUGGUCAAUGAGACUCUUCGCAUUAGCCCCAGCCUGCCGGGAAUCUUGCCUCGCGAGGUCCUGCCUGGCGGCCUCGACGUCUGCGGUGAACAUUUCCCUCAAGGUGUCGACCUAGCCGUCCCUAUUUACACUAUCCACCACCAUGCCACGAUUUAUCCUUGCCCGCACAAACACAUCCCGGAGCGCUGGCUGCCCGGAGAGACGAGCGAGGAAGCCGUCAAGCAGUGCCACGAAGCGCUGACUCCAUUCUCGUACGGAAGUAGAAUGUGCAUUGGAUGGCGGCUGGCGCUGAUGGAGCUGCGUCUCACCCUUGCCCGUGCGGUCUGGAUGUUCGAAUUGGAGUAUCUGGGAGGCGGACGGGAAGACCGUUUGCUGGGCCCUGAUUCGGACGCACUUGAGUACCAGCUCCUUGAUCAUAUGGCAGCAGGACGAAAUGGACCGAUCAUCCGCUUCAGGAAGAGAGAGGUGCUCUAG